AUGCUGGACAAGAACAAAAUCGCCUUUCUGUUGGUCGUGGUGAUCUCCUUUGUUGAGGCAACACUCCCGGUGUGCAAGGUUUGCCCAGUGAAUGGUCAAUGGUCCCAAUGGUCGGAUCACACAUCUUGUUCUGGUACUUGCGGGCUUUUCGGGAAGAAAGUUCAGAAGCGAAGUUGCACGUCGUGGGCGAAAGGGUGUCCGUGCAAAGGCGUAUAUUCCCGAAUUGUCAACUGUUCGCCGGUCGCCUGUUUGAAGGGCGCCGCUUGUGCCGCUGGCUUUAAGAAGGUCAACAAUUUGUGUGCAAAUGUGGCAAGAGCCGAUGAUUACGUGGCGCCAAAGUGUAAUCUGAACACCAAACUCCAUCAGUGUCCUUGCCCAACUGGUGGCGCCUGGUCAGCUUGGACGAGCUCUGGCAUUCCGUGCAACGCGACUUGUGGUAUGUGCGGAACGAUGGUUCAAGGAAGAAGCUGUCUAUCAACUCAUUACGGAUGUCCGUGCACCGGGCCCGCAUCUCGUCGAGUUGCUUGUCCAAAAACUCCCUGUAACACUGCGGCAAAGUGUUGCCCGAAUCAACCACUGGUAACAGUUCUUUCAACGAAAGUCAAAGAGUGUGGCCUCAAUGUCUUCACUCCGCCGAUUCUCAAUCCACUACCCAGUUGUUUCACGACAAGUACCACAACAACCACCACAACGACAACAGCUGCUUGUGGAUCGGGUUGUGACGAGAAUUUGUACUCUUUCACGAACAAUCGAGUUCAUGCGCCCGAUCAACUCAACUUCACGUACAUAACCGAUGAAUCCGGCUGUCAGACUGCCACUUAUAUUUGCGCCGGAAACGGCACACAAACGAUUCACUUUGGCAUUUAUGCAUCAGAUCCCCCGGAGCCAGGCGGGCCUGGCGGUGGAUAUGAUUACAUCAGCAUCGACUCUGAGACCGGCACUACGAUCGAAUCAAGUGGGAACAAUUUCUUCCGUUGUGCGGUGACGAGCGCUGGCUUUCAGUGGCAAUUUCACGACAGGGAUUUCUUUUACAUUUACUGCAAUCCGUAUGGCGGUGGAUAUCCGUACGACUAU